AUGCCCAGUCAAUGUCGAGGGCUCGGGUACCUCACCAAGACGCUCCUCGGGGCUCUCUUGUUGACCCCUGAUGGCACACUUGCAUCACCUUCGUCCACGGGCAAGAAAGUCUUCGCCCAUUACAUGGUUGGAGACUCAACCACCCAGCAUCGCCAACAGGACAUCAAAGAUGCCAAAGCCAUCGGCAUCGACGGUUUCUCGCUCAACAUCGGCAAGCCCGACAGGGCCUUUGUGCGGGCGACCAUGAACGACAUGUUCGACUUUGCGGCUGGUCAAGAUUUUGGCCUGCACAUCAGCAUGGAUCUUUGGGCUGCCGGUAGCCCGCCAGACCGGAAGUAUAUGCCUGAUUACAAGUCACUGUUCGUCGACUUCUUUGGGCACCCUGCAUACGACCGAGGCGCCAAUAGUUUCCCCAUGGUCACAACCUUCUCUUCUGGAGGCACCGACAACUUGACUUGGGAGGAUUGGCGCGACCAGUUCGCUCAGCAAGUGUUUGUGAUUCCAAACCUGGAUGCCAUCCCAGGAUACUGGGAGUUUCAUCCGGGCUUUUGGGAGCAUUGGGGACAAGUCGUUGAUGGUCUCUUCAGCUGGGAGUCUGCUUGGCCUCUUCGCGAGGGCAAGGGCGGCGCUUUCCCGGGAGACAUCGGGCCUGAUAUGCCUCUCAUCAAAGGUAUGAAGACGUACAAGAAGAAGUACAUGAUCGGUCUCAGCCCGUUGCAGUACAAGGAUUCCUACGACACCAACAUCUACCGAGCCGGCGAUCUGAACUUGCCUACCCGCAUGCAGAACAUCCUGGCAAACCGGGAUGACAUCUACUACGUCAACGUUUUAACUUGGAACGACGGCCCCGAGUCCCACUACAUUGGCAGCAUCUGGCCGGAACAGAACACUGAUCCUGAGCCUGCCCACUACAUGAAGUUGCCGCACAAGGGCUGGCAGCGUGUCCUCGGCUCCUUCAUCGCAGCAUUCAAGGGGGACGGAGUCAUGAGACCCUUUGGUGGCGACACGGUCACUGGCGCGUUUUGGUACAAGAGUAUCCUGUCGGACACAAAGUGCAGUGCUACUCCUAAGGAUGUUGGCAUUGAGCAACAAUAUCUGAACAAGCCCGAAUCUUACGAGACCGCGACGGACAAGGGUGCAUAUGCCGUCGUGCUGCCCCAAGGCGCAUCGGGCUGGUCCAUGAGGGUGAACAGCGGAGGCAAGACGGACACCAUCACUGGGCUCAAGACCGGCUUGAACUCUGGCAACACUCAGCUUAGUGCGGGAGCCCAGACCGUCGAGAUCCUCAACUCGGCUGGUCAAGUCGUCGCUGUUGCUGGAGGAGGUCGAUGCGUCUAUGGAGGUGAUGCAUGCCCCGACUGCACAUACAACGUCAACCCCAACGUCGUCGAGUUCACCAGCGGUAGCAAACUGCCUGCUUCUUCCAAGUGCGACGAGAAGUGCACAGCUAGUGGAGGAGGUGGUGACUGGGGUGAUAUCUCCAAGGAUGGAAAAUGUGGCCCCGACCAUGGCAACACCAACUGCAUUGGCUCUACGUUUGGAUCUUGCUGUUCUCUCAACGGCGAAUGCGGCAUGUCCACAGCCCAUUGCGGUACAGGCUGCAUCAAGUCUGCCGGUAUCUGCUUUGGGGGCAAGAAGACGGUUGACGACAAUGCUGCCGAGAAAGAAAGGGACAGUAACUGGCCCGAGGUCCUUGUCAAUGAGAUCUGCAAUCUCGACAUGGACACAGAGGAUACCAAAGCUUUGACGAGUCGAUGGAUCCAGAGCGGUGCUGCCACUUGGUUUCUCAACUUCCUGAGGGAGCGUGGCGCCGAAAGAUGGACUGACAAGUUCUUCAAGAAAGUCAUGGACCAGAGCAGCCUAAAUUUCGACUGCACUGCUGUACUCUCGGGACACUGCAGCGGACCCGGAGAGAAAAAGUGCGCAACCUACAUCCCACCACCGUCAUACUACGUGCAUCUUCAGAUCGGGAACCUUCACUCCGCCAUCGACCAGCUGUGGGCGGGUAUGGUCACCAACGGCAUCAAAAACCUGGCCUCUCGUAUCAAAGAAGUCGUCGAAACUUACGGUACGCCCCCGGAGUCUAAGAAUGCCCUCAUCCUCAACAUGUUUGUCGGUGUCUUGACUUCCCUGGCCGGUAUGUCGGGACACGUCAGCGAUAUUUCCCCGGGCAGCACGAUGGGAAAGUUUGCCAACCCGCUGACAGUCUUCUCCGGUAUCUUUGCGCAAGCUUCGGCAGCUGACGGCUCAGUCAAGCGCAUCACGCCCGAGGAUUUGAACCAUGACCUGGAGAAGGCCUACGGAAACAUGUUCACUGCCGUCAUGGGGGCAGCUGAACGAUACUCUUCUAACCACUACGUGUGGAUUCAUUUUGCCAAGGGUGAAUGGUUGAACUAUCACCUGAAAGAUGAAGCUGUCAACUUGUACGUCUCGAACACGCAGGACAGAUUUGUCGAGUUUGCGACUGUCACAGCCAUGAAAGCAGGCGGUAAAAAUCGCUACCGCCUACUGGCAUCUCCAUCGAAAUGCAUCAGCGAGGCGGAGUGCAAGAAGAAGGACGGAGCCUAUUUUUACAAGGAUCACUGUCUUGCCUUUGGCUAUAUAGUGGGAGGAGGAAUAGCCCCCACGACGCCCUACCCUCUGGAGGGUAAAGAGCUCACUACCCUACGCAAGUUCCUCCCCGACUUGAACGGAGCGCUUGUCAACAACUUUGACUGCUUUCCGUACCCGACGAUGCACCGCGAUGAGUGUCCACCCUUUACCUCGUUUCCCCUUCCCGACAAGUGCACCGACAUCCCGGACCCGACCAUCCCGUCAGGCAAGGACUUGGACUUUACAAACCCUUUGAUAUAUCCCAAGUGCUACGUUAACUUUGCCACUGUACCAUGGGAGAAGUGCAUCGGUAAAGAGUAA